AUGGCCGAGACUGAAGAAUAUUCUCUGCCGCCAUCGGACGCGCAGGCUGACGAUGAGCGAGACGUGGAGGAACCAAAAAGGACCAAGCUGCUCGUCCUGAUCGGCUCUGGGAUUCUCCAGCUGCCCAUCUGGGGCUUUGCAAUGAGCUACGGUGUAUUCCAGGAAUACUACUCCGAAAACUGGACCUUCAAGGGAGACCGCAGCACGACCGGUGUCAUUGGCACCACCGCCAACGGGGUCAUGUACCUGUCCAUGCCUUUUCUCUUUGCGCUGUUCACCAGACGAUGGGCUCAUCGCCGCCAGCUCGCAGCUCUCUGCGGAACCGUGAUUGCCUGUAUCAGCUUCCUGCUGUCCUCUUACAGCGCGACCAUCGGCCAUCUGCUCGCCACCCAGGGAAUCACGUCCGCCCUGGGCUGUGCCCUCAUCUAUAGCCCAACCACGCUCUCCCUCGGCGAGUGGUACACCACCAGCAACCGCGCCGUGGCCUAUGGAAUCGUGCUAUCAUGCAAGAACAUUGUUGGUACCAGCCUGCCAUUCAUGCUCCGAGCCAUGAUCGACGCCUACGGCUUCCGGACCACACUGCAAGCCUGGACAGCGAUCGUUGGCGGAACAAGCGUCCUCGCCAUUUCCAUGAUCCCAACGCACCCCUCGAAGCUCUCACUCCCACGAACCCGUGCUCGCAGAAUCCCCUGGAACUUCCUCAAACACCGAUCCAUCUACUUUUACAGCAUCGCCAUCAUCUUCCAAAGCUCCGGCUAUGGUAUCCCGCAGACAUAUCUGAGUACAUACGCCCGGGACAUCGCCUUGCUAUCGCAGACCUCAGGCACGCUCAUGCUGGCCGUCUUCAACGCGCCGGGCAUCAUCGCCUCGUCCUUCUUCGGCUGGCUGAGCGAUAAUAGGAAAUUCCCUCUCUCAGCGCCUGCCGUAUCCGCCAUCCCCCCCAUCUGCUGCGCGCUGGCCACGUUCCUCUUAUGGGGCUUGACAACCGAAGGCGCAAUUGGUCUCCUCGUGGUAUUCUCAAUGACGUUUGGGUUCUUUUCUGGCGGGUACAGUGCCACCUGGGGCGGUAUGCUGAAGCAGAUGGAGCUCGAGUCCGCGGAGCGGAAUGAGGCCGUGGACCCUGGGAUGCUUUAUGGCCUGUUGAACGGGGUGAGGGGCAUCGGGUAUGCGAGUGGCGGGUUUGCUGGUGUGAGGCUGCUCCAGGCUGGGACUAUAUCGUCGGCUGGCCAGCGCUUUGCGUACGGGUCUUCGUAUGGGCCUCUAAUUCUCUUUACGGGGCUUUCUUCGCUGCUGGGGGGGUGGGUUUUGCUGUGGAAGUGGAGUCCGAAGAGGCUCUUGUUGGUAUCGGGGGGUUAA